GCUUCGGCAGAGAAGCCUCUUUCAUCAGCUUCUUGGGAGCUCAUCGACCGCGCCCUCUUCGGCAGCCGGAUCGUGCACUUCCCGUGGUGGAUCUACGCAGGAGUCUUCGGAUUCUUCGUCAUCGUCUUUUUUCACGAAGUGCACGUCUCCCGAGGCGGUGUUCCGAUCUGUCAGCCGAAAAAACUGGAAAAGUCCAUCGGAUGUCAGCUGAUGGGCUUGUGGACAAAUGCUUCUCCCUUUGUAGCCAUGUCCAUGCAGGUGCCCAUCUCCUUGGACUUUGCCCUCUCCCUCCGUCAAGGAGCGACAUCCUCGGGCUUCUUUCUCAGCUGCGGGGUGAUCACUGGAUUGUGUGCUAUGGCAGCUGGUAAAAAACUCGUGGAUGAAGAGAACUGGAAUCAGUUUUAUGUGCGGCGUUUGCUGAUCGUUAUUCCUCUCAUUGCGAUGGCUCUUAGCUUUGCGUCCGCCAUCUUCAUUAACGAGACAUCAGGCAGCGAACAGGUGUAUCUGAUCUGGUGGGUGAUGAUCGGCUUCACAGUCGCGGGAUCUUUCAUUGGCCCCCUGUCCGUGAUCCCGGGCAUCAUCUUUUGGACGAAGAUUACAAAGUCCAAGAAUCGAACCUUCUGGAUGAUCCUGACGCAGUGCGCUCGAAACCUUGGCCUGGUAGUUGGGCCCGGUCUCUUUGCAGUGCUGCGGACGGCUGUGACUGGUGGGGGUGACAGAGUCUGUCCACGCAGCAUGAUGGGAUGGGUGAACCUGACCCUGCUGGUCUUCUCCCUGAUCUCGGCCUCCUUCGGCGCCUUCGUCAUGCCGGCAAGGAUGCCUGACUAUCCUUUGAACUUGGAGGAGGAUGACGAGGACGAUCCGGACGAACUGGUCAUGGCCUCUGACGCUCACCUCGAGGCCAUGCCUGAGCCGGAGCGAGAGCGGGUGGUCUGGAAUAUGAUUUGGUAUGCCUUCGAGCGGCCUUUCACGUUGGCAGCCGUUGAGGUCUCGACGCUUAUGAUGUUGGAGGUCUACUACG